AUGGAUUUUCAAUGUAAGCGUCAAAGAUAUGACUCGAGGAUCGGGAAGCAGGCACCUCCACUGGGGGCGGAAAAGGAAGGGGUUUCUAAAGGCAUUCCGUUCACUCACCCCCACCCUCGCACCUGGAGUCUCUUCAUAGAGGCACCUGGAAAGAAGAGAUAG